AUAACGGCUAUAUUCCCAAGUAGAACCAAGCAGUAUCGGAAUUCCCGAGUGGUCAAUGUCUUCCCGAGAAGGGCGAGGGAGUCGUGGACGUGGCCGAGGUCGGGGUGCCGCCGGCAGGAGCGAUGGCGGCGGCGGUAGGGGUUUUGGUGGUGGCCGCGGUGGUGGUCGUGGGCGAGGACGUGGGCGAGGACGAGGUAAGGAAAAAGACUGCUUGGACUUCAAGCUGCUUGGGGAGUGUGCACGUCAGGAAACGGGAGAAUGCCCGUACUCGCACAGCAACAGAGUGAUGACCGAUCAUGUGAGUGUAACGAUACCAAAUAAAGUACCAAUGGCAUCAGCUUUGAAGGGAGAUUUCACGAGGUCUUUAAAGAAACUAUGCGAGUGUCGUUUGAGGGUUCCAAGGGACAACACUGUCGAUAUAGUUGUUUCACAGAACAAUGCAAGAUAUCUAAAAAAGCUCAGAGAGGAGUAUGAAGUCCUUGUGUCUCAGCUGUAUCCAAUAGGGCCUGGAUGGUGCUAUAUCCACAGAGAUGGAGUAGAGCAAUGUGAAAAUGGCUCAUUACUAAAGUUCAGACCCUACCAAGGGAGAUUGCCUCCUGCGCCUGGUCAAAUUUCCCUCGGCAGUAUUCUGCGUGAGCUCUAUAUCGCUGAGGAAGAAGCAGAUGGGGGUAAGUGCCAAGCAGUGACAGUAGAAAAUCCUCCGAGACAGAGUGAGACAAAAGAAGGUCUUCAUCGAGCUAUCGACAGAGCACAUGGAGAGGAAGCAGCAUUGAACCCCAAGGAGAACCGGCGGGAUGUCGGAGUAAAGAUUAUUAAAGACCACGAGGUGCACAUGAGAGAGAUGUUAAAAGGAGCUCUGGAGUGGUUUUGUGCAGAGAAGAGGGAGAAAGGGCCAUUCGUUCUCAAGUUAGAAGCAAGAUUUGGAAAGGUGUUGUGGAGGAAUAUCCCUGAAGAUGUUGCUGAAUGUGCUUUAGAGUUAACAAAUUUUUCUCAUCUAUGUUUCUCCGACACUAAACACUCAAGAAUAUUCAACACCAACGUGAAGAGGGAAGGUGUUGAGGCAGUAAAGGCAGAGGUUGCUGAUGAAAGGAUUUCGCUUCUGGAGACUUUUGACAUAAAGUUCACUGUUCCAGGAGAGACAGAAAGAGUUUCGGUCGACGUAAGGUUAAAGUUUGAUGGCAGGAAACCGACCGUGCUGCUUGUAAAGAAGAACGAAGCAAAAGUUGUUGUUUUUAACGUCCUCAGUCUCCACAGGUAAAGUGUGAGUUAAACCAACUAUGUUGUGCUUUUUGUUUCCGUUUUGUUUGGGCCAAAACAAUUUAGCAAUACUGUGUAUAUAUGUACAUAUAAUUACCAUAAUCCAUGGAGGGACUUUACUAUUCCUCUUGUAUGUUACCUCGAUGUUUUGUAUUGAGGAGCUAUCACGUUCACUGCCAGGUUGAAACUGUACUGUAUAUCACUUAACUGUUUGUCAUAGGGACCAUGAUAUUCGAAUGACGCUAAACGUUUAUGAGAUAGUGCAGCCAGAAGUGUCCCCUGAAUUAUACCGAGUUGUUCAUCAGCUACUGCGGGAGGUAUCAUAUGAUGUGGACAGGGAAACGCUCACACUCCCACCAAGAUCACGGGAAUUGAGUGUUAAUUUCAUCCGUCACAAGAAAAGAGAAGCCUAUUGCAUUGAUGACAAGCUCCUACUUACUAUCACCUCAAUUGAAGAGUACAAAGACCCACCGAGUGAGCUUGACCUCUCCCAAUCUUCUGGGUACCACAGUGACCCUCACAUUGAGAUUGAGUUCCACAACUGUGCAUGGGAGUGUGCAUUUGGUCGAGAUGUUGGUUUGCCUCCUGAGAAAUGUCUUGCCCUCCACAUGGAGAAUCCAGCAGUUUCUCCGGAAAUAGCAAGGGCCAUCCCCCAUCCCUGGCAGCCGGAACACAUCCUUGAAGAAUUUCAAGACUUUUGGGAGAGUUUAGACUCUCUCAAUGAAACCUUGGGACCUUUGCAUUAAAAUUGUUUCUGCACACAUGCAGCUAACACUACACUGAGGUACUAUUAUUGGCGUGCGGGAGCUAGUGGUCCGAACAGCGCGAUCUUUUUUAUACAUCUGUACGUCGUGCUACUGCGCAUGCGUCAUGAUUACCCACUUAUUUUUAUGUUUUUUUAAAUAUAACUGAGCAUCAUGGCAAGAAAGGAAA